AUGUCCGCAGUCGUCAAGAGGACGAAGAGUGGUUGUAUCACAUGCCGCAUAAGACGGGUCAAAUGUGACGAAACGAAACCCGAAUGCAAUAGAUGUACGAAGACUGGAAGGAAGUGUGAUGGCUAUAGCGAACUACCCUUUUCGAGACGAGAUUUGCACGCUGCAAGUCUAUCAAGAUCAAGCAAUUCUCCUUCGCCCGGCAGCAGCAAUGAGAUCGGGCCAUUGUAUACGCUUGUCAACGACAGAGCCUUCAACGACACACUAGAGAAACGAUACUUUCAGUUCUUCCGGUCGAAAACCGUCGCCAGUACGAACUCCCUGAUCGCCGCCAACUUCUGGGAUCGAACGGUGUUGCAAGCAUGUCAUCUAGAACCGGCUGUCAAGCAUGCAGUUCUUGCGCUUAGUGCAUGGCAUCAGUAUUCAGAUCAUGCCUCCGAAUUGCAGCAUCGGGAUUUUGCAGACAGGCAGUAUCAGAUGGCUUUGGAGAAAGCUAGAGAUUUAGUGUCCUCGGCGAACCCAGCAGACAUCGACAAGGUUCUGACAGCCUGCGUGGUGUUCAUCUGCUUUGAGAGUGUACGGGGGAACUUCAAAGACAGCCAGCUUCACAUGGACAACGGUCGAGCCAUUGCAAGACAGCACGCGAAUAGACUGAAGCAAGGACACCGAAGGCAGGAUCUCAUCGAAAUCCAACAGACACUCUUCCGGCUGGAUCUACCUGCGGUCUGUUUCUCAGACAAGAGCUCACCCUACCACUACACGAUGGAAGACUUCCUCGCCACGCAGCCGACACUCAUACCUUGGGAGUUCCAAACGAUCUUCGAAGCUCGGGACUCCCUCGUCGACCUUUCGCGCUGGAUGCUCAUUCUCGGCCAAGAGGCAGACGUUGCAUUCGAUGCCGCGGACAUUGCAGCCAUGGCCAAUAUCCAUGCGGAAAAGGAGAAGUGCGCACAACGGUUGCGUCUGUGGUAUGACUUCUUCGAGCGGGUCGCAGCGAAGUCAGACCAGUCGAUGCAACUACUUAUCCUCAAUCUACGGCAAUGGUAUCACGGUUGUCAGGCGAUCGGCAAAGCGGAGCUGAUGGGCCCUGAAACCAGAUGGGAUAAAGUCCAAGACCAUUUCGAAGUCAUCAUCAACGUCAGCGAGGAGAUCGUAAGGCGGCUAGCAGCAAUAGGAGACAGCGGCGCUUCCUUCAGCUACGACAUCGGCUACAUCAUCGUCGUCUUCCUGACAGCAACAAGAUGUCGAGACCCCUUUCUCAGACGGCGUGGGAUUCAGAUCCUCCGCGCUCUUCCGCGGCAGGAGGGGCUUUGGGCGACUUGA